AUGCAUCGAGAAACAGACAUCUCGGUACCCCCUACGCCAACAUGGCCAGCCAGCGAUAUAAGCAUGCCCCAGAUAAACGGCAAUGAAGAUUUCGGGAGCUUGGUAGACGAGUUAUGCCAAUUCUUUGAGCACAACAUUAAGUUACCGCAUGCUUUCGAAGACCUGCGUCGAUCGCAGGAAGGUCAUGCCGUCAAGGUUCUCGUCCAACACCUUUCUGACCGAGUCGAGCAUCCAGCCCUAAUUUCGGCCCUGAUGGCUUUGAAAGGGCACUUUUCGGCCCUGGAGGAAACCAGCGACGAACCGGGGGUCAACGAAGCCCGCGGAUACGCAUGUGAAUAUGUUGCAUGGCAGUUUUUGACAAAUCUGAAGGAAGCAGAAAUUAUAGAGUACCUUUUGGUUGAACUACCUCCUGCAUCAGCCUCGAAUAGCCCGGAAACAGCGGGUGGCCAGCAAGAUCGCCAGAACGGAGCUGGCAGUUCGGGCCCAAAUGAGCGCUCGCCUCUUCUGCCGACUUCGAAUGGUGAUUACUUUAACCACAAUGGUUCCGCCCUGACCCGGUUUGGGUCGAUGAUGUCGCAAUGUGAAAAUCUCAGUGCUCUAGAACUUGCCGCCGUAUCCGGUGCCAAAAAGUUCCUUUCUCAGAAACCGAUCCAGAAGAUCAUAAACGGCUUGUGGAAGGGCGACAUCGUCUUCUGGGAGACCCUUAGCUUGCACUCAGAGAAGAAGCCCAGGAGAUACAACCGGAAACAAGCCGAUCCGUUCUCCCGUCUACGUGUACCCAUGUAUCUCAAAGUCUUCGAGACAUUGUUCUUCGCCGCCUUUUUGGCACUCUAUUAUGCGGUACUGGUGAGGCGCGACAAUACUCGCAUCACUGUUCCUGAGCUAUUACUCUAUGUGUGGAUUGCCAGCUUUGCUUAUGAUGAGUUUGCAGAUUGGAUCGAUGCGGGGCAAACAUCAUUUUAUGCUUCGGACUUUUGGUGGACGUGGGAUAUAAGUAUAGUGGUUGUUGGCUUUGUAUUCUGCGUGAUGAGAGUUGUUGGUUUGGCGACGGGCCAUGCUGCGACGAUUGAUCAGGCAUACGAUGUACUUGGACUGGAGGCGCUCUUCCUAGUACCACGCAUAUUCUCCCUGCUGAGUCUCAAUCGUUAUUUUGGAACUCUGAUCCCCUGUCUAAAAGAGAUGACAAAGGACUUUGUCAAGUUUUUAUCACUAGUUGUUAUCUUGUACCUAGGUUUCUUGACUACCUUUGUGUUGCUGGCUCGCGAUAGCAGGUUCAAUGCGAAACAGAUGUGUUGGAUCUUAGUCAAAGUGUUCUUUGGAUCGAGCUAUCUAGGAUUCGAUGUUGCUGAAGAGAUUUCGCCGUUAUUUGGGCCUCCGGUCAUGCUAAUUUUUGUCACUUUGACAAACAUUCUCCUCAUCACAAGCUUGAUAUCGCUUUUAAGUAAUUCAUUGAGCAAGGUCUUGGACCAUGCCCGAGAUGAAUACUCGUUUGUUGUCAUUGUGUGGGCGCUAUGCCGUUGUUGCCCUGCCUGCGAGCCUUGUUCUGCCGCUCAGGCUUUCUCGACACAGCAGCACUGCAAACCCAUGUGGGCCCUCGACGAAGCUACUCGCACACUCGGCUUCCCCGUCGCAAGGCUGACCGGCUUCCAGAAUCUCAUUCCGCUAGUCAUCCGGCCGUUGCGGCUCAUUUUACCCUCUGAACGACUGAGGAGUGUCCGGAUCGUCAUGCUCAAGGCGACACAUCUGCCCCAUGUGCUUGUGAUCUGGGCCUUUGAGAAGCUGUGCAAUCCUCACAGCGGUAAGGCCAAGAUGACGACAUUUAGCGGUCCCCAGUCACCUGCGCCGUCCAAAAGAGCCCCUCGGUUGGCUGUGAAUUCGCCGCGCUUGCUAAUGGCGAGCUUCCCCAAUUCUAUGGGAAGGGCUCAACACGCAAUUCGGCCUCAGACUCGCACGGGGUUGCCGGAAUCAGAUGCUCAGUUGAGAACACUAGUUGCCAAGUUAUCCACCCAGGUAGAAGAACUUACUGCGAUGGUGUCGCAGCUCCGGGAGGACCGCGAAGCGAGCACAUCGGCCGCGUGA